GCAAAGAAAAGGUCCAACAGAUACCAGCAAACUUGUGUGAGAUAAGAACCAGCUCCAAACUUCCCAGCCCCAUUUGCAAGCUCCAGCCAGCUUCACCUCCCCGUGGGGCUCCUCCGGUCCUGCCUGUACCUCUGCAGAGGGAUGGGAUUGCUCCUGAAGGUUCUCAUCCCUUUGCUGGGAGCAGCGCUGGCCCUUUAUUUUUACUCAGCACCCGGGAACUUCAGUGAAGAGAUGCUCCGCGGGAAGCGGGUGAUCGUGACGGGAGCCAGCAGCGGCAUCGGGGAGCAGAUGGCUUACCACCUGGCCCGGAUGGAGGCCCACCUGCUGCUCACGGCACGGACAGAGGCCAGGCUGCAGAAAGUUGUGGAGCGGUGCCUGGAGCUCGGCGCUGCCUCCGCCCGCUACAUCAGCGGCUCCAUGGACAGCCCCAGCCUGCCCGAGGAGGUGCUCAGGGAGGCGGAGAACACCUGGGGUGGCCUGGACAUGCUGAUCCUGAACCACAUCGGCCAGAGCGGCUUCACCUUCUUCAGCGGGGACGUGGGGCACGUCCGAAAGCUCAUGGAGACCAACUUCGUCAGCUACGUGGCCUUGGCCACGGCUGCCCUGCCCCUGCUGAAGGAGAGCGAGGGCAGCAUCGUGGUGGUUUCGUCCAUAGCGGGUAAAAUUGCCGGCCCUUUUACUGCUCCUUAUUCUGCAACCAAGUUCGCCUUAGAUGGAUUUUUCAGCUCCUUGAGGCAGGAACUCAUCAUAGACAAGGUCAACGUUUCCAUCACACUCUGCAUCCUGGGCUACAUCAACACAGAGAGCGCCGUGCGCGCCGUCUCGCACGUCAUCCCGGACACGCCGUCGCCCAAGGAGGAGUGUGCCCUGGAGAUCAUCCGGGCCGGAGCCCUGCGCCGCCGGGAGCUGCACUACCCGGCCCCGGCCGUGGGCAGCAUGCUCCUGCUCCGCAGCCUCGCCCCGGAGCUCCUGGAGUCCCUCGCCCGCAGCAGCUACCGCCUGGAAAACGUCAGGAGAACGUAGUCCUGGAGCCGCGCCGGACGCCUGGGCCCGGCAGGACGGGUCUGGCUGGGAGCCCGGCUGCUUGGUGCCCUCCCACACCCGGGGCAUCCCUGUGCUGAGCCCUGGCAGCCCGGGCCAGGACCCCCCAGGAGUCUGGAACGCAGCACAGAAUUGUCCUUUGUGGUAACGGGCUCUUGUAGAGGGCUUUUUCCAACCAGGAACACUCAGAGAAGUCCUGCAGCAGGAUCUGCUGCCAGUGCCCUGCCCACCAGCAGGGCUCCUGCUCAGCCUGCAGAAACUGUUCCCUCUGGAAAGCCACCGAAGCAGCUGAGCUGAGCCCUGGCCCCGAACCACAGUUUGGGCCAAGCAGCACAAACCACCCGAAGCCACGAGAGAGUCUCUGAAUCUGGAGAUUUUCUGUCACACAUCCCUUCCAUGCCGGUCUUUGUAGAAAUAAAUCCAACGUUACUUUCAGA